CACGGAGUGAACAAGGGUCUUGUGAUGGCGUCAGGUGUGAUUCCUGGAUGUCAGGUAAUGAGUGAUCUCCUGACUCUCCGUGAGAAAGGGGUCCUCUUCACUCUGCUCCAUCCUCAGUGUAAGCUGAUCCAGUCCACAGUAGCUCAGGUUCUGGUGUCUGAAGGGACCGGGGGGGAGAGUCCCGGCUGGAGUUGUUUGGGUUGUGGUGCUGUGUGUCUCAUCGAGGACACUUCCAUCCACACCUACUUCCUGCGCCUGUACUGUGUCAAGCGUGCGAUGUUACUGUGGGAGCAGGAGCUGUACAUCCCUUUCAAAUACACCGCACCUUGCAAGUUCUUCCACACAUUCCCUGCAGAUGGCAACCAGGUAGGCCUCAACUUUGCAAAUGAGCCAGAGGCAGAAGAAUUCCUUCUGUCCGUCGAGGCUGUCCAAAGAGACCAAGAAAAGAUGACCAUGAUGGGUGAAAAAACAAAUAUUGAAAACAAAAACAAAUCCACAAGUGAUCCGCAUAGUUCUGGUACAAUUAAGCCACUGGACCUUUUAGACAAGGAGCCACUUUUUCAGAUGGAGGAAACGUCCACGGUAAUAAAUCACAUGAAAUGUAAGGAUCUGGACCCGGCUAUGAGGAGGCUGUUGAUGCAAGCCAGCCUGACUGAGGAAGAUCUGAAAGAAAAAGACGUCGCCGAAGCUGUCGACUGUAUCAUCAAGCAAUUUGGAGGACUAAAGGCUGUGCAGAGAGAGCUGAGGAACAGAGGCCCAGUAUCUCACACUUUGCCAAGAGCUGCAGGGGCCUCCAUCUCCCUCUCUCUGAAGAAAGGGCCUUUACCACCGGUUCCCUCCAAAGGCAGCAGCACCCCCCAGUCGGCACCUCUGUGGACAGACUCACUACAUCAGAGUACAAUUCCCCUGCAGAUCCCUCCUCCUCCAUCUACUCCCGCUCCAGUUCUCUCAGAGAGAAUCAGAAAGAGCGCAAGUUUCAAACCUGUGGGCUCAUCAACAGCUACAGACAAAGGGGACCUUAUUCUGAAUGCCAUGAGGGAAGUCUUCAGACAAAAGCAGAUGCAAAAGACAGGUGCAGAUGUGGAGCCAGACACUAACGAAGACAAGACCUUUUAAAGAAACUCCUGUUUGAAUUGUGCUGUGAUACACUCAUUUAAAUUGUAUGUGAUAAUUGUGAGAUGCUGACUCUUAUCUCUUAUUCUCUCACAAGGCCAUAGCUGAAUCAAGCUGUUAACACAAGUUACUGCUGCACCCCCAUGUCACUGCAUUUUAAUCAGACACUGUCGCCUCCAGGAAGCUUUUAUUCAUAAUCCAACUAGUACUAAAACUAUGCCUGGUUGCAUGCUUUUAUUAUUGUGUAAGUUUGUUUCUGCAAAACUUUAAUUAUUCCAUUCACGUAAUUUCAAUUUCAUCCAUUUCCUUUAUUUGAGUUGAAUAGAGAAGAAGAAAUUCACACAAGAAAAAGGUAAAAUCACAAAAUCACUGAUAAAGAACAAACCUAAAACAAAGCCAAUAGGAAUAAAAUGUGGAAUUGGUCAAAAGUAUCUAAAGACUAAUAAACUAAUAAAGCAAUCCAAAAUCAUAUCAUAUUUAACCUGACACUGAAAGAGCUCAAAUCCUGUUUCACUCCAGAAUUGUGUCAGUUCUUACCUUACAGGCUGUGGAACCAGGAAAUACCAGAACAUUUAAAAAAUAAUACUAUUUUGUGAUUUAAUAAUCUGCACCCUUAAACUGAAAUAAAUCUAUACAUUUUGACGUUAUUCCAGUUAAAGAC